AUGGCGUUGCCAGUAAGUGAUAAAGCUCCAGCAAACGCUCGAAUUUUGCAGGAGAGACGAGAGAAGUUGGCGAAAUGGAAGCAGAAGAAAGCUCAGUUCGACCAGCAGAAGAUAAAUGAAACAAGGCAGCCAGAUACUAACAAGCAGAGCAGCGAAAAUCAGUCUGCUGCAGCACGUAGCAAGGUGGAAGCUUGGAAGAGGAAGAAACAGGAGAGAGAUCAGGAACGUUUGAAAGAGAAGAUCAAGAAUGAGAACCAUGGUAAAAGAAGUAAAAGGCAGAAGAGGCAGUUAGCAUUCGACAUGAAUGAAGAGGAGACCGACAAGCGCGCAGUACCGUUGUUUAAACCAAUGGGUGAUAAGCUGUAUGGUCAUCAGGCGACACCAGAGGAACAAGAACAGAGGGAGGAAAAUGAGCAGAUUGAUCCAUUGGAAGCCUAUAUGAAAGAGUUAUCAAGUUCGGCGAAGAUCUCGAAUCACGUAUCAGGCGAACUUUUAGAGGAAGAUGGUAAUGAUUUGGAGUUGAGUGGGCAAGAAGAUGAUUUUGAUCAACGAAAUGAAGACGAUGCUCGCUAUGCUCGUAUGGCAAAGCUGAAGUCGAAGAAGAAGGUGAGAGAAAUGCAAUUUUCUCAAGAUGAUCUAGAGCCGUUUCGAAAGAAUUUCUACUUGCAAUCAGAUGAGCUCAAUAAUAUGUCUGAGAGUGAGGCUCAAGAAUUACGUUUAGCAAUCGGAAACAUCAAGGUAAAAGGAGAAAGAUGUCCACUACCAGUAACCAGAUGGUCUCAGUUAGGUUUGAUGACAGAUGUUAUGAAUUUUAUUAUGCACAAUCUCAAGUACGACUCUCCUACACCAAUCCAAUCACAGGCUAUACCCGCCAUUAUGAGUGGACGGGAUGUGAUCGGAAUAUCCAGAACUGGCUCAGGAAAAACUAUAUCAUACCUUCUGCCGUUACUGCGACAAAUUAAAGCUCAGCGUCCUCUCGCGACUAAUGAGACAGGACCAUUGGGCCUUAUUUUAGCGCCAACUAGGGAGCUGGCUUUGCAAAUCCAUGAGGAGGUCGAACUAUUUACUAAGAACGAUCUCGCUGUAAACUCGCUUUGCUGCACGGGUGGAUCCGAAUUGAAACAACAAAUUAAUAUGUUAAAGAGAGGUACUGAGAUAGUUGUUGCGACUCCUGGAAGGUUCAUUGAUUUGCUAACAUUGAAUACAGGUAAGCUACUGACGACAAAGAGAAUAACUUUCGUCGUGCUGGAUGAAGCAGACAGACUUUUUGAUUUAGGCUUUGAACCGCAGAUCACCCAAAUUAUGAAGACAAUUCGACCAGACAAGCAGUGUGUUCUGUUUAGCGCGACAUUUCCGAAUAAGCUGCGAAGCUUUGCAAUGCGGGUACUACGUUUGCCUUUGAGUAUAACAAUCAAUUCCAAGAACCUCGUGAACGAAAACGUUAAGCAAAGAUUUGAGAUCUUCCCAACUGAUGAGAACAAAUAUCGUGCACUGUUAAGUAUAUUGGAUAAAAGAAUGAAGGAAGAAGAUGAGAACGAAGAGUCGGAACUUGCCGAUGACGAAGUGAAUGAUGAUAAGGCGAUAAUUUUUGUUUCCAGUCAGCAAAUUUGUGACUUCUUAGGAACAAGAUUGGAAAACGAGGGUUAUAGCAUUCACACAAUUCAUGCUGGAAAGCCUUAUCAAGAGAGAGUUAAUAACCUGCAAAACUUCAGGCAUACACGAAAUAGUAUACUUCUCUGUACUGAGGUCCUGUCUCGAGGAUUGAAUGUUCCUGAGGUUUCUUUGGUCAUAAUAUACAAUGCUGUUAAGACAUUCGCUCAGUAUGUUCACACAGCGGGAAGAACAGCUCGUGGUACCAACAGCGGUGAAGCUAUCACGCUUCUCUUGAGCAAUGAGAUACCUGCGGCGUAUAUCUUGCGCAAGGCUUUACGAGACCAAGAAAUUGAAAGUCAUGACCCAAAAUUAGUGAAAGAACUCUACGACAUGAGCGACAGGUUUGAAUCUGGAAUGAAGGAUGGGAAGUUUAAGAUAUCUCAAGGUUUUGGUGGUAAAGGGCUUGAUAACCUCGAAUCUAAAAGAGAACAAAAGCAAGGUGAAGAGAGAAAGACCUAUGGAGAUCCGCAAGGAAAUGGAGGAGAGAAAAAAGCAAAUCUCACUGAUGAGACUGCUAACGACGCGGAUAUCAAGCUGCAGGUUCCAAAAUUGCAAUAUGUUGUCUCUCAAGUUUCUAAUCCCAACGGUAUGGUUACAUUCACCGCAGAGGUAAAUGUAAAUGAUUUACCUCAGUUGGUGAGAUGGGAAGCUACGAAAAACACCACGUUGAUGUUCAUUAAGCAUGAAACCGGUUGUAGUAUUACGAACAGAGGAAAAUACUAUCCAGAGGGAAAGUCCCCCGAAUCAGCAACAGACGAGCCAAAAUUGUAUCUUUUGAUAGAAUCUCAACAAGAGAAGGAUAUAAGGUUGAGCAUAGAACUUUUGGAGCAGAAAGUUAAAGAGGGUGUGAGAAAAGCUGGCAUUCAAUCCAUAAAGGAUACGAAAUAUUGA